CAAUCGGUGCACACAAAACCACUUCAAAUUCUUGACAAUGUCCGUGGCCUGUAUUAGCCUGGCCACCAGUAUGGUGAAAGGUGCCAGUGGUAAGCGAAGAUCCGGCGGAUCCUUGAACAGUACCGUCGAGAGUUUCGAGUGCCAACCGAUUACGGUCGCACUGCCGCCUCCGGUUUCGUGUCUAUCCGGAUCCGGAACGACGUCUCAUCAUCCGAUAGGCGGUUCCCGGUGCUACCAAUCCACGUUGCGGAGCUACAACAAAUGGUCCCCGACGGAGCAAGGGGCCACGUUGGUUUGGCGUGAUUUGUGUGUCUACGCGACCGGGAAACAGGCAGGAGGUUCCGGAGAUGGAGGUCCGAUCAAACGGAUCAUCAAUAACGUGAGUGGAGCAGUUACGCCGGGAACGCUGAUUGCCCUCAUGGGAUCCAGUGGUGCGGGCAAGAGUACGCUCAUGUCGGCGCUGGCGUACCGAAUGCAGCCUGGAACCAUCGUUCAGGGGGAUGUUCUCGUCAAUGGUCAACCGAUCGGACCGUACAUGUACCGGUUGAGUGGAUUCGUCCAUCAGGAUGAUCUCUUCGUGGGUUCGUUGACGGUUACGGAGCAUAUGUACUUCAUGGCAAAGCUCAAGUUGGAUCGUACGGUGAACAGAAGCACAAUCAACCGGUUAAUCGAAGAGCUUCUGGAGAGAACCGGUUUGUCUAAGUGCGCAAGUACGAGAAUCGGUGAGGUCGGAGAAGGGAAAAUGCUGUCCGGUGGUGAGAAGAAGCGUUUGGCCUUCGCUACCGAGCUGUUGACCAAGCCUACGAUACUGUUCUGCGAUGAACCGACCACCGGGCUGGAUUCAUUCAGUGCUCAAAAUCUGGUGUCUACGCUACAACUGCUAGCCAAAAGAGGCACUGCCAUCAUUUGUACCAUCCAUCAACCGUCCAGCCAGUUGUUCUCCAUGUUCGAUCAAGUCAUGCUGAUGGCCGAUGGACGCGUAGCCUUCGCCGGCAAACCCAACGAUGCGCUAAUAUUCUUCGAACAGCACGGAUACAGCUGUCCGUCGAACUACAAUCCGGCGGAGUUCUUAAUCGGAGUCUUAGCCACCGCUCCCGGUUACGAGAAGGCUUCGCAACGCUCCGCUCAACGACUGUGCGAUCUGUUCGCAGUUAGCGAAGCUGCCGGUCAACGAGAUGUCCUGAUCAACUUGGAAAUGCACAUGGCCGAAACGGGUGAUUUCAAGAUAACGGAAGAGUCCUACCUCUCGCGGAAAUCCAACUGGCUGUGUACGACGUACUGGUUGACCUAUCGAGCUUUUCUGACCGUGGUCCGCGAUCCGACCGUUCAAUAUCUGAGACUUUUGCAGAAGAUUGCCAUCGCUCUCAUGGCCGGACUGUGCUUCUCCGGUGCUAUCUCGCUCGAUCAGCUGGGAGUGCAAGCCAUCCAGGGCAUCCUGUUCAUCUUCGUUUCGGAGAACACCUUCUCGCCGAUGUACUCCGUGCUGUCGGUGUUCCCGGACACGUUCCCGCUGUUCAUGCGCGAAACCAAGUCCGGACUGUACCGGACCUCGCAGUACUACGUGGCCAACGCGUUGGCCAUGCUUCCGGGGCUGAUCUUCGAACCGUUGGUUUUCGUGAUCAUCGCCUACUGGCUGGCGGCACUUCGUCCCACGUUCGGAGCCUUCAUGGUCACCGUAAUUGCUUCGACGCUGGUCAUGAAUGUGUCCACUGCUUGUGGGUGCUUCUUCUCGGCGGCCUUUAAUUCACUGCCGCUGGCCAUGGCCUACCUGGUGCCGUUCGACUACAUCCUGAUGAUCACCUCCGGGGUGUUCAUCCAGCUGAGCUCGAUGCCCAAGGCCAUCUCCUGGACGCCGUACAUCUCGUGGAUGAUGUACGCCAACGAGGCCAUGUCCAUUGCCCAAUGGGAAGGCGUCAGCAAUAUAACGUGUUCCGUGGAGGAUCCAAACUUGCCGUGCAUGAGAACGGGAGAGGAAGUGUUGGCACACUACAGCUUCGACGAGUCACAUUUGUGGAGGAACAUCUGGGCCAUGGUGGUGAUCUAUUUCGGGUUUCACAUCCUCGGAUGUGUGUUUCUGUGGCGUAAGACGAAGCAUGGAUAAAGGAGAGGUUCACAAUUCAAGCGGCAGAUUCAAUCCAAUUGGACUCAGUGAAUAAAUAUGAAACCCAAAG